CUAAUAGCAACAAUGUUCACCACUAAAGUCGUCUUGCUCUUGGGCUUGGCCUUUUUCGUCUCAGCUGGAAAAGAUCUUGACACUGGCUACGAAAUUUUGAGAUGCGCCAACAAAGCAAUGAGAGUAGGAGUACCUGAAUUGGGAGUUCCACCACACGAUCCCUUCGUCGCUAUCAGAAACGUAUCAUGGACUGGAGACAUUGGUGUUGCAAGUACCCACAUUGACCUCAAUACCUUAAGAUGGUAUGGUCUUGCCGACUGGGAUAUCUCAGCCAAGCAAAUUAGUGCUGACACUGACUUCGAGGCUGUCUUUGACUACACCACAUAUUGGCCCGUUUUUACAAUCUCUGGAAACUACGCAGCUACAGUUAAAGAACUUUUCCUUACACAACACUACAAAGGAAACUUCAAAGUAACCAUGCAAAAACCAAAAUGGACUGGAAGAAUCAGUGCAGCUAAAAUCGCCACUGCCUUAAAACCUAACACCACUGUAGACAGUUUUACCGUCGACUGGCACGUUGCAGAUGUAAAAGCCAAAAUCACUGGAUUGGGACUAAUUGGAGACGCCACUGCCCUUGCUAUCCAAGAAGGUAUUGAAACUGCCCUCAAUACAGGUCUUAUCGGAAAUGCCGUUGGAGACUUCCUUAAAAUGAGAUUCAACACUGUCUGGUAUCCCACUGGCAAAGUCUGGCUUCUUAUGGACUGGUGCAAAGCCAACAGCGGCUCCACUCAGGUACCAUCGACAGCUGCACCAUCCACAGCUGCACCAUCGACAGCUGCACCAUCAACAGCUGCUCCAUCAACAGCUGCACCAUCAACAGCUGCACCGUCAACAGCUGCACCAUCAACAGCUGCACCAUCAACAGCUGCACCAUCAACAGCUGCACCAUCAACAGCUGCACCAUCUACAGCUGCACCCUCUUUUUAAUCAAAUAAUUAUUUAAAUAAUUAACUAGCAUAUAUUUUCCCCCCACUUUGUGG